UUUGUUAUUGCGGAGCGCCCCCCACUGGAAUGGAGGUGAAAAUAACGAAAGAGCCAGAUACGGGCUGAAAAAAUAUUUUCGAAACCAAAUACUACUCUGAUACACUGGCCACUACAAAAUGCAAUACUGACUUCGUUGGUUACAUUUUCGCCAAUAGCUAAUUUGAAUUAUCUUAUUACAAACCAUGUGAUCAUCAAGAUCAGAGUUUGUGAAAUGAUAGAUAAAAAACAGAACGGUCAAGAGAAACAUUUCACAAAAUCCAACCAUCUGAUAGGAAGUUGGUACCAUCUUUUUGGUCAUGGGGGAGAAAUGCGCACUGGCAAUGACUGUCGCAGAAUGAGAAGGAAACCUCAUGAAUCAGAAGGAAGUGGAACCACCAUUUCUGUCUAAAGCCACCUCCCGUGUUCAUAGUCCGAGAACAGAACGGAAGAGUGCUCAAAGGAGAACUGCUAAUGUCGAUGACCACCGGUCGGGUAAGUACGUCUCCGAUCUUCCUUUGUUUAAAGUAUAACGUUUUGGUGUGUAUCUCCCCGAGUGUGCUCAUGUAAUGUUCUUAAAGUCAAUAGUGGCACCUUACCAAUACAGUAUACUGAUGUAUUCUCUGAUGCUUGUACGCGGUGCUCAGUAAACUUUGGUGAUUGUCAGUUUUCACAAAGUGCUACUCUUCGGAGAGCGCUGCGGGACUCAGGGCCGCCCAGUUCUAGACUGGGUGCCCCCAGCCCGUUCUGCCGGCCAUUUGAGUCGUGUCAAUAAAUGUUGUGGUUCAUUUUUAACACUAGUCUCUGACUGAAUGUUUGUUAGUUUUGCUCAAUUGCUUGUCCCAUUUUAUUAACUUUUUUCGCCCAUUCCUCCAUCAACCAGAGGUGAAGAACCCAACAUGGACGACCUCAUGACGUCAAACAUCCUCACCACAACAGCCAUGAUGGCCUAUCCUUUCCUAAACUCCAGUGGCCCAGAGAGCCAGGUGUCGGUGGGUCCGUCCCCCGAGCCCGGCCCCUGUUCCUUGGACACCAGCUCCCUGCGGAUCCCCCUGACGCUCUUCUACGCCCUCUUCGUCGUGCUCGGCCUGGCCGGGAACCUGCUGGCCCUGUGGGUGUUCCUGCGCGACCGCUCCGACAAGAAGGGCUCCGACAAGAAGGGCUCCGACAAGAAGGCCUCCGUGGACGUGCUCCUGGUCAACGUGGCGCUGUCGGAACUGCUGCUGGUGGUGGUCUGCCUGGCCUUCAGGAUCAGCUACGGCUGCAUGGUGGUGUGCUACGUCAAGAUCGCCUUCAAGCUGCUGAGGACGUCCAAGGAGAAGCCCGACCUGCCCAACGCGGCCCGCUAUGCCCGGACGGCCAAAAAGUCCUUCUUCAUCCUCUUCCUCUAUACCGUGUGCUUCAUGCCCCACCACAUAGUGCGCGUCUUCUACAUCGUCACCCAGAUCACCGACACGUCCUGCUACUGGAGGGGCGUGGUCUACCAGGCCAAAGAGGUGGCCCUGCUCUUCUCUGCACUCAACAGCUGCCUGGAUCCCAUCAUGUACUUCCUGCUGUCGUCAUCCAUGAGGAAGCAGGUGAUGCGGUUGCUGGGUAGCGCCAGGCAGGACCUUUCCGAGACAGCCGUCGACCGGGCUGGUGGGCAUCUUCGGGAAUAAUACGGCUGACAUUACAAGAUGGGGAAGGGGAAUGCCAGCGAGAAUUGAAACCUAUGCAUAUGUAUUCCACAGCUACAACAGAAUUCUGAUUUUUCUACUGAAGCAUUCUACUCUGUUAUUUCUGAACAGGAGGACGUUGAUAUGGACACAUUUUCUUUUGUUAGGCCUAAAAAAAAAAUUAGUUUGGUUCCGGUUUCCGACCGACCCUGUCAA